UUCUAUUAUUGGUAGCUUUAUGAGGACUUUGUUAUGAAAUCCAUGCUGAAAUGGAAUGUCCUCAUCUAAGUAAUCACGUUAAAAUAAUUAAAACGGUGAAAAAAGAUUUGUCAUCGACGGAAUGGAUAUGUUCUACAUGUCAGACAAAUAAAGAUCCCUUUGUUUGCAUUCAUUGUGGCAUUAUUAACUGUGGAAGGUAUGUUAAUGGACAUGCAAAAGCUCAUCAUGAAGAAAAUGUGGAUCAUAUGGUUUGCAUGAACUGUGAAAACUAUACUGCAUUUUGUUAUAUUUGUGAUGAGUUUGUUAUUAAUGACAAUAAGGAUAUCGAUUCUUUGCGUGCUGAUCUUCAAUCACAAAAUGAGCAUCUAGAGCCAGUCAAAGCUCUGAAAAGACAAGGUAUCCUUGUUGAAGAAGAAGAAAAUAAAAGAAGCAAGCGUUAUAAGAAAGGGAGCAAGAAGCGAUACUGCAAAGCGCGAGUAGCUGGUCUCAGAAACUUAGGAAACACUUGUUUUAUGAAUGCUGUUUUGCAGUCCUUAAGUAAUAUUCAGCAAUUCUCCUAUUAUUUUAAGCAAUUGCCUUCUUUAGAACACAAAAAUCAUAAAAAUGGAAAGAAGACAAAUCAUAUCAAGAAAACAGAUUCUGGUGAUGAAAUAUUACUCGCUGAAGAACUUCGAAAAACUUUGAUUUCUUUACGACAAGGUAGUAAAAGUGCUAUUUCACCAGAAUCUCUAUUUGCUGUUAUAUGGAAAGUUGUUCCUCGAUUUAGAGGUUAUCAGCAGCAAGAUGCCCAUGAAUUUUUGAGAUACAUGUUAGACAGACUUCAUAUGGAAUUACUUAAAAUACUACCAUAUCCAAAAGACAAUAAUUUCAUUGGAGCUAAGGGAAAAGCUACAAUUGUUACUACAAUAUUUGGGGGUAUUUUGCAAAAUGAAGUUACUUGUCUUGUUUGUGGUACAGAAUCGAAGAAGCAUGACCCUUUUUUAGAUCUCUCACUAGACAUCCCUUAUCAUGCAAUUGUGAAACCCAUGUCCAAUAAAUCUAAAGAAGAAGAAAUGCCCAGUAUACAGUUAAAAGAUUGCUUAACUAGUUUUACUGAGUUAGAAGAACUAGCAGAAAGUGAAUUUUUCCUGUGUAAUAGCUGUAAAUGUAAACAAAAAUCAACAAAAAGGUUCUGGAUCAGACGCUUGCCUAAUGUUUUAUGUCUACACUUGAAACGAUUUAGGUGGAACAAUUGUUUUAGGACGAAAUUAGACAAUUAUAUUAACUUUCCUAUCCAAGGCCUUGAUAUGAAUAAAUUCAUUCUUGUAAACAGGCACGAAACUAGAGGUACCUCUAGUGGAAGUACCUUGUAUGACUUAGCUGCUGUGAUAGUCCACCAUGGCUCAGGUGCUGGUUCAGGCCAUUAUACAGCCUAUGCAACGCAUGAUGGAUGUUGGCAUCAUUUCAAUGAUAGUUCAGUUACUGUGACGGAUGAAAGGACUGUUGCCAGCUGUAAAGCUUACAUAUUAUUUUACAUUCGUAGAGAACUGAAUUUAACGCCCUUCAGUAUAUAA